AUGUCAAACGUAGACGCUCAGGCUCUUGCCGACAAGGCACAGCUGAAGAUCCAGAAGCGCAAGCGUUUCGAGUCUGUCUUUCCGCUCUUGGUCGAGGAGCUCACCGCUUACCUUACAUCGGAAAAGAUGCCUGCCGAGGCCAUCGACUGGUUCCGACGCAACCUCGACUACAACACGCCUGGAGGCAAGCUGAAUCGUGGUCUCUCUGUGGUUGACACUGUCGAGAUCCUCCUCUGCACAGAUUCUGAUACUGGCAAGAUUUCGCGUGAGCUCACCGAGCCCGAAUAUCUCAAGGCUGCCAUUCUCGGCUGGUGCAUCGAGCUUCUGCAAGCCUACUUCCUCGUUGCAGAUGAUAUGAUGGAUGCAAGCGUCACUCGCAGAGGUCAACCGUGCUGGUAUCGUGUCGAAGGUGUCGGCAACAUCGCCAUCAACGACGCCUUUAUGCUCGAAGCGGCCAUCUACUUUUUGCUGAAAAAGCACUUCCGUUCGGAUCCCUACUAUGGCAUGCUCCUCGAGCUCUUCCACGAUGUCACCUUCCAGACUGAGCUCGGCCAACUCAUCGACCUCAUCACUGCGCCUGAGGACUCGGUCGACCUCUCCAAAUUCUCCCUCCAGAAGCACCAUCUUAUUGUCGUCUACAAAACCGCCUUCUACUCUUUCUACCUCCCCGUUGCCCUCGCGAUGCGUAUGGCUGGCGUCACCGACGAGACUCUGUACAAACAGGCUCUUGAUAUCCUGCUCCCCAUGGGCGAAUAUUUCCAGGUCCAAGAUGACUUCCUCGACUGCUACGGAACGCCUGAACAAAUUGGCAAGAUCGGCACCGACAUCUUUGACAACAAAUGCUCCUGGAACAUCAACAUCGCGCUUCAAAACGCCACACCCGAACAGCGUCAAAUUCUCGACCAGAACUACGGCAAGAAGGACGCAGAGUGCGAGAAGCGAGUUAAGGAGGUCUUCAAUCAGCCCAACAUUGACCUGCCUGCCCGCUUCCAAAAGUACGAGGCCGAGUCGUACGAGCAGAUCAACACGCUCAUCAACAACCUUUCCUGA